GACUGCUCAUCCUAAUCCAAGUAGCUACAAUUACUCUGGCUUGCCUUCCAUGAGUGAGCGCUCGAGUGUUAGUGAGUACUCAGUUCUUGAUACUUUGCAGCGCUCACCGCCAGCAGUGGUCACAGGUAUGACCUUCCUAAUCUGGUAACUUCUCGAAUUUAGUGGAAUUGACGAUGAGUUGAUGGACGCGUCUGUCCAUUACGCGUACAUACCACUAAGCAGAUUCGUCAUUCCACAGUCCACAGUCCUGGCAUAUAAAUUUACUGCUCAAAAUGACAUCUCCCAUCAACUCAUCUCAUUCAAUUCACAAUGUUAGUAUUCGCUGCUCCCCACUGCUCUGUCGACCCUUAUGCUCCACGCCAACGUGCAUGGGCUCGCCGUCAACAGCUUAGGAAUCAACCCUUCCCAAAUGCUCUUUAUCCAAGCCAGCAAAGCAUUCACCAACUGCGCAGUAUAAAUGGCCUGCUUGACCGUGUACUAGAACGCAAUGACUACCUUCAUACCCGCGAGCCGUACUACGGCUAUACUACACAUGAUCUUGCUGAGUACGAGUACGAGCUUGCACUCUCCAGGGCCGCCCGCAAGGCUGCAAUCCAGAAACUCCAUCGCGAACACAACCCCGCUAUCCGAGGGUGGUAUGCUGCUUUACAGGCUCAAUGCAAGCAACAAGAAAUGGAGCGAGAACUCCGUGCCCGUCGCCGCGCUGCAGAGGCUAACAGCUUCCUCGCACAUGCUGAACCAUAUCUCAGUGCAUAUUGGCCUUGCGGCUUGCCUGUGGAUGCUGUAUGUUCACUCUUGUCCACUGACUCUAGUUCGUUUGACUUACAACGAUCCAAGGAAUUGCCUACUCAAGCCACAACUUCCACCUCAAUGGCCCCUCUCCAGAACCAGCCUUGCCCUCAAAACAGGCUUGAGGGUCGUAUGUCAGAGUUACAGUCGAUCUUUGACCGUCUCUCUGAAGGCGCUUCAAGCGACUCGAAAGCUCCUGUCCAACACGUUCCAGUAACAUCCGCUACCGCUACCCCCACGGAGGUCUACGUCAACAAAGAGCCAACCAUCUCCUCAUACGAGGGGAAGGGAAAAGCCAAGGAGAUCCCUGACUCCGACGGAAGCCUCAAGGACAGAUUCGAGGAGCGUCUGAUGAACCAGUACCAGUCUGAAUUGAGCAAUACCUUGCAGUCGAUUCUUGCUGGUCUGUCUGAAGGCACUUCGACAGACACUCCUGUCCAAAGCGCUCCAGUAACAUUCGCUGCCCCUACCUCUACUGAGGUCAAUGUUGAGGAAGAGGGCACUACCUCUUCACACAAGGGAAAGGGAAAAGCCAAAGAAACCCCUGAAUCUGACGUCGAAGAAGAACUUUCUGCACCUCCAGCACAGAUUGAAACUUCCCUCUCUCAGAUUACUUCCAUCCUAUCCCGUCUGGAGGCACUCCUCGCUGACUUUCAGUUCCCUGCUGAGCUCGACUUCUCUCCUUCGCGCUCGUCAUCGCCAGCUUAUUCAGCUCUUGAUACCGAUGAUACAUUUGCUUUAACAUACACUGCAAGAAACGCACCUCUCCGCGCUCAGGAGCAUGCGUUGUCGCUGCUCCUGGCAGACUUGGACGACGUCCCCAGCUUUGGGUCACAUGUAGUGAGAGACGCAAGGCGCGCAGUUGUAGCUCGCGUAGAGCAAGCGCUAGAAGAGCUUGAGAAAGGUGUAGAAGAGCGAAGGGGGCGUGCUCGUGCCAGGAAGUCAGAGCCUGUCGCUGUUACGGUGCCUGUCGAGCAGCCCUCGGAGCCGGAGAAUCUUACCUCUGCGGAUCUUUCACCCAACAAGGUCCCCGUUAUAGAUGAAGUUCCUACCAACGUCUUUGUCCCUGCACUGCCAGUCGAAGCACUCGCUUCCGCCGCCUCUUCUCCUAUCGAAGCAAUUGCAGACCCUGCAGUGUUUGACGCUACUAUCGAAGUACCCGCUGCUUCGAUCGAGAUCGCAACCGCAUCUGCGGCGGAGCCGAGCGCUACUACCACAGCAUUCUCUGAGGUUUACGAGACGUUGACACCUCAGGAGGUUUCGGUCCCGCAGGAAGAAGAGUCCGAGGUGCCGCUUGUCGAUGAAGUCAGCACCGUCUCUGUCUUUGAGGACGCAGUAAUCAUCGAGGCCACCAACCCACCCACCACAUCCCCAUCCGUAACGCACCCAACGCCACCUCCACUCGAUACCUCCGAUUCACAUUCCAAAAACACACUCGGUGUCUCUCUUCCCGAUUCUGAGACUUCAACCCAUGAGGACGCUGAUAUCCCCGCGGAGGUGGCAUAUACUGCAGAUGAGCCGGUAUCGUUGGUACCGGCGGCGGCGACGACGUCUUUCUUGGAAUCUGAUCGUCCUUCGGAGGUGAACGUGCUAGAGUCGUAUUCGAGCGAGGAAUUGCCCGCAUCUUCGUCUCCCGUCAGUGAGACGGAAGUAGAUACAUUCCUCCUUCUCUGAGCACGAGUGGGUCGUAUUGAGCGGAUUCUGUUUUCUUUGAGUUUUACUUAUGUUCUGGCACGAUUUGCUUGUAUAAUGUAUAGUACUAAACCAAAACAGCUACUCAAUACAUGUAAUAUGUUGCACAAAUUGUCGGAGGACCCUAAG